CCCGCGCCCCCCGCGCGACUCCAGUUCCAAUUUCCAAGCCCUUCUGUUCGGGUGACUGUGCCCAGGUUAUGACGACUAAUCCCAAACCAAACAAGGCGUUAAAGGUCAAGAAGGAGGCGGGCGAGAACGCCCCGGUGCUCAGCGAUGACGAGCUGGUGUCCAUGUCAGUGCGGGAGCUGAACCAGCACCUGCGGGGCCUCACCAAGGAGGAGGUGGUGCGCCUGAAGCAGCGGCGGCGCACACUCAAGAACCGGGGCUACGCCGCCAGCUGCCGCAUCAAGCGCGUGACGCAGAAGGAGGAGCUGGAGCGGCAGCGCGUGGAGCUGCAGCAGGAGGUGGAGAAGCUGGCCCGCGAGAACAGCAGCAUGAAGCUGGAGCUCGACGCGCUGCGCUCCAAGUACGAGGCCCUGCAGACCUUCGCCCGCACUGUGGCCCGUGGGCCCGUCACCCCCACCAAGGUGGCCACCACCAGCGUCAUCACCAUCGUCAAGUCUGCCGACAUCUCCUCCACCUCCGUGCCCUUCUCGGCUGCAUCCUAGUGCCCGACCAGGGGUGGGGGUCUGGGGGGUGCGGCCGGGGCGCUGGGCGGGCGGGGGGGCACCUCCCUCGUGCCCGUCGGAGGGUCCCAUGGGGAGGUGACCCCUUAACACCCGAGUCCAGUAUAGACUCAUGGCGGGGACAAGGUUGCUGGCUGAAGAUGGGGUCUUGUGAGACUGUGUGCUGCACGCCUUCCCACGCACGCACACGCACACGCGCACACGUAUGCACUCGGCCUUCCUCUGGGCCCCGCCAGCUCUCUCCAGACUGUCCUUUUCCCGGGGUGGGGGGGGGGUUGUCUCAUGCAAGGGGGCAUCGGGAGGUAUGGAAGGAAGGUCUGCUGGAGGUUCCUGGCCCUGUGGCCCAGACGGUGGGGGCUCUGUUCUCCACGUGUCCCAGGAGUGGCUGCCGCCGUCCUCCAGCUGCCGCAGGAACCCCCUCCCUGCCCUGAGCUCUGGUGCCGCAGGAGGAACCGAUUGUCCGUGGGGACGGAAAGCACCACGAGCCUGCUUUAGCCUUAGCGGAGACUGCGCCGCGCAAGGCAGAGGGAGGGAGGGGGGCUGCCUAAGGGGCUGUGUGCGCGUGCACGUGUGCUUGGGGACGUGCCUGCCAUUGCAUCAGCACCAGCAGCACCAGGCCCUUGGGGGAGCAGCUCAGGGGGCCGGUCACUGGGGGGCCUCUGGGGUCCAUGCACCAGGAGUUGCAGGGGCAUUGGGAACCGUCCCUCUGUCUGAGUGACCCCAGGGAGUACCCUGUCGGGCCAGGGAGGUGGAGCCCUGUGCAGGGAGGGGUGGCAGGGCCUGGAGUGGAUGUGCGGAGGUUCUGUGUGGCGUGGGGUGAGGUGGGCAGGGGCCUCAGGACUGGGUUGUGGCUCUGCUGGAGGGGACGGGCAGGGUCUGAAGAGUGAGGAGGGCGCGGUGACAGGGGAGGUGACAUGGCACGGGGCCUGGACCUGCCUCCUUGGGGCACCUGGGUGGUCUCUUGGUGCAGAGGACAAGGGGACACAGCCACCAUGGUGCUUAACCCUCCCCCGGAACCUUUACUUGCUCUUUCUGGCACCUGGAGCCCCAUGACCUUGGUGAUCCUUGCUGGGGCUUCCCACCACUGCAAGCCUCGAUUGAUUGGGACUUCCGGCUCCCACAUGCUGAGCUUGGACUGCCUCUCCCCGGCCUUGCUGGAGAGAGGCUGGGGCUGCGGGGCCUGGGGGUGGGCGGUGAGCGCAAGCUCCCGGCCUCCUCUUGGCCCUGCUAUCCAGCACGGAGGGAGACCCCCAGCAAGCCGCAGGCCCCCCGCCCGGGAAGAGGAGGCUUGGGCAGGGCUGAUGGCCCCAAGGGCUGCAUCUUCCUCUUGCGUCUGCUGUCGCGAGUGACCAGUGAAGGUCUGGGGCCUCCGUCGCAUUGCAUGCGGCCUUCACCUUGUCCUGGGGAGAGGUGAAGGGUCUGGGGUGCGCUGGAUCUUUACAGAGCAAAAGGCCCAGUGUGUUAAAAAAAAAAAAAAAAACUGUUGAUACCAUAGCCAUGGUAGGUAAUCCACAUUGGAUAUCGAUAAGGACCAUGGGGAAAUAUUUAAAAGAGAGAAAGUAUAUAUAUAUAUAAAAUUAUAUACACAUUUUAUCGUACAGAUUUUUCGUAAUUUUCCUGUUUUUACUGUAAAUCCCUAAUAGAGCAGAGCUACAGUGGGGGUUGGGAUGGGGGUGGGAGCUGGUUGUCCCCGGCUCUGGGGAGGGAGGCCCGAGCUGCCUGCCCUCUGCCUGUUCCCGCCGCCUGCUCCGCCUGUGGGAACCCGGGAGGAGGAGGGAAGACCAGAGCCUUCUCGUGCUCUGCCUUCCGGCUCGCUGAGACUCCACUGUCACAGGUUUAAUGUAUGGAUGCUCUUUAUGUAAGAGAAAAGGCAAGGACCACUGUCCCUGGGGUCUGUCCCCCCUGCCUUCUGGGCCUCAGACGUGUGGGUCCUUCCCGGGGGCAGGGCCUCCCGCUUCCUCGCCUCUGCCGCUCAGCUGCUCCGUUUCAAUAUUUAUUUUUGUGCUACUUUUAUCAUGGUAUAAGUUAUUGAGAAGAGACCCCACGUUGUGGUCCUUGUCCGUACGACACCUGCCCCGCGCCUGCCCCGUCCCCUCACGGCCACCACCUAAUUUAUUGCUGUACAUCUCUGCCGUGACGCUUUUGUACCUUUGCAAUAAAGAGUUUUCUGGUUUCA